AUGCGAGACCGCGGAAGCAGCUUUAGGGACCGAGAUAGAGUUAGGUACUUAGCGGAGGGCGACGCGGAGGGCGACUUGCCUCUAAUGUCUCCUUCUAAGGAGCGCGCCGUGAGUCGCUGGGUGGAAGAUUCGCUGUGCGAAUUAGAAGGCGGAGAGCUGGGGGAUGGUAUAGAUUCCCCGGGAAAGGAUUCGUCUACUUCGUCGUCCCGCCGCCGCGCGUCCGGCUCUCGGCGCGACGAGUACGGCGCGGACGGGGAUUACGACGAGCGAUCAAGCGGAAGCGGAAGGCGCGUGAAUCCGCGCGAGCGGGACGGGGGAGGGGGGUAUGAAGGCUCCCCGCGCACGCCUCCCCCGCGGUCGGCGUCCCGCGGCGGGGGGCGGAACGCGGACGAGGCGGUCACUCCGGGGAGGUCCCACCUCAGGCCGGUGGAAUCCGCCGGCCGCCCGCCCUCCCGCGGGGGGCCGGGGAGCCUUGAUCCGUCGCUGAGCGGGCGCGCGCGGAGCUUCGGCCGGCGCAGUUCGGCGGAAGGCGGCGGCGGAGCGGCAGAGUUGCGCCCGCGCACGCCGUCCGGAGCGGAGCUGCUCGCGCGGCCGGGGACGGCGGAGGGGAGGCGCCCGCGGACGGCGGACGUGAACUCCGCGUAUGGGCGCCCGGGCGUCCCGCGGAGCAUGUCCACCGCGGAAGCCGCACUGGCGGGGCCGGGGGGGUCCCUGAAGGAGCGCGACCGGGGGGGGGAUGGCGGAAGGAUGCGCACAGUCCCGCGCUCCGCCUCCGAAGUUAUGCCCGAGGACCUGGGCGGAGGCGGAGGGGGCGGGGGCGGCGCGCGCAGGGCACCUCUGAGAUCCCCCAGCACAAGUCUGCGGUCUAACUCGGUAUCUAAAGACUAUGAGGAUGAACGGGGCUGGAGCGGGGGUGGCGGGGGGCAUGGGAGCCAGGACCGUCCGUAUACCUCGCAUGGGUAUGGGCGGCGGAGGGAGGAGUACGGGGGAGACGAGAGGGGCGGAGGAGGAAGAUACGAAGGGGAGAAUCAUUUGAACGAGGAGCAUAGGCGAUUAGCUAUGGAGCUUGAGAGAGAGAGGGAGGAGAGGCGGAAGCUACAGGAGGAGUUAAAGAGAAUGGAGAGGGAGGUGAAGGAGAAGGAUGAUAGGAAAAGGACGGAUAAGGAGAGGAGGACGAUGGAGAAGGAGAGACUAGUUGCUGACGUGGCGGCUUUGAAGCUGCCCGUGGACCGGAUUGCAGUGGAGGAAAAGAAACCUGCCCGGAGAGGAAUUUUCUCGGUUUUUUCCAGCCGCCCGAAAACGCCGGACGUGGACAAAGCGGCGGGUGUAGCGCAGGGAAACACUGUAGCAGUGGUGCCGCAACCGUCACCAGGGGCGAGGCCAGGGGUGAGCACGGCUGUGAGCACGGCUGUGAGCACGGCUGUGAGCACGGCUGUGAGCACGACUGUGAGCACGGCUGUGAGCACGGCUUGCCAGCAGGACAUAGAGGACGUGCGGCGGGAGGUGGCGGUGAUGGAGAUGCUCAAGGGGCACCCCAGCAUUGUGAACCUGCGCAACGCAUUUGAAGACGCUCAGGACGUGCAUCUGAUCAUGGAGCUGUGCGAGGGGGGAGAGCUCUUUGACCGCAUCAAGCUGCGGGGAAAGUUCCCGGAAGCCGACGCGGCGAGGGUGAUUCGCACGGUGGUGCUGGUGCUGCGGCACUGCCACGGGGCGGGCAUCAUGCAUCGCGACUUAAAGCCCGAGAACAUUCUCUUGGUGUCGAAUCAAAGCGAUACCGAUCUGAAAGUCAUCGACUGGGGUGUUGCCACGUUCUUCCAGAAAGGCAAGCCGUGCACAGACAUGGCAGGCAGCCCCUAUUAUCUAGCUCCAGAGGUUCUCGCCGAGAAAUACGGCCCAGAGGCCGAUAUUUGGAGUGCGGGGGUGGUGCUUUACAUCCUGCUGUGCGGCCUGCCGCCCUUCUGGGGCACCACCAACGACGCCAUCUUUGAGGCCAUCAAGCAGGCCACGCUGAACCUCGUCAGGCCUCCGUGGCCGUCGAUCUCGGACGAGGCCAAGGAUCUUGUGGUCAGGAUGCUCACGCGGAACCCCAAGAAGAGGAUCACUGCAGAAGAAAUUCUCG